AUGUUCCCGGCUCAGGAGGAGGCUGACAGGACCGUGUUUGUGGGCAAUUUAGAGGCCCGAGUACGGGAAGAGAUUCUUUACGAGCUAUUCCUUCAGGCUGGGCCACUAACCAAAGUAACUCUUUGCAAAGACAGAGAUGGGAAGCCAAAGUCCUUUGGCUUCGUCUGCUUCAAACAUCCUGAAUCUGUGUCUUAUGCCAUAGCUUUGCUGAAUGGAAUUCGUUUGUAUGGAAGACCAAUUAAUGUGCAAUAUCGAUUUGGCAGUUCUCGCUCUUCUGAACCAGCUAGCCAAAGUUUUGAGAGCUGUGUUAAGAUAAAUUCACACAGCUUCAGGAAUGAAGAAAUGAUGGGCAGAUCUUCGUUUCCCAUGCAGUUUUUCCCAAUUGCAAACACUGCUUUACCCCAAGAAUAUUUUUUCUUUCCAAAAAUGCCCUGGCACACACACAGUCCAAUGAUGCAGCCUCCUUUCUAUGACAUGACAGCUUCACUUCCCAGCAAUGCAUCUGGGUCCUGCUCCUUAAACAAUGCCUCAAACCUUGAAGCUGGACCCUGCUCCUAUGAAUGGACUCACCAGCAGCCAAGUGAGCCUGACCUUUAUCAUAGGGGCCAACGAAAGAGGCAAAGGCAAGCCAGUGACUCUGGCAGUAGUUCGGAAGACCAGAGAGGGAAUGAAGGUAGCCAAAAAUGCCGGAAAUGCAAGAGGAAGAAGAAAUACUAG